CCGCCCCUCGGCAACCGGCACAACACAACAAAAUGGCUGCCGCGCCGCUGGGCGCCUGAGGAAAGAACCUGAACUUCUCGCGCUCCACCUCAGCCUGCGGGACUGCUCGGCUCGGCUCCUAGGCGGUGAGCGUCAGACCUGGCCGAGCCCGUUCCCCGGCGUCCGGCCCGAGCGAGACAGGGGCUCCCUGUGUUGCCCAGGCUGCAGUGCAGUGGCCAGUCACAAGGUUGAUCAUAGCACAUUGUAGCCUGGAGCUCCUGGGAUCAAGCGGUCCUCCUGCCUCAUCCUCUGGAGUAACUGGGACUGCAAGUAUACACACUGUGCCUGAUGAAAUAUCACAAUAUUUGGUGCAUGGUUUUGAUGAACACCUGGCUUUAUUCUUGCAAUGAAGAAAGGUUCUCAACAAAAAAUAUUCUCCAAAGCAAAGAUACCAUCGUCAUCUCACUCUCCUAUCCCAUCAUCUAUGUCCAAUAUGAGAUCUAGGUCUCUUUCACCUUUGAUUGGAUCAGAGACUCUACCUUUUCAUUCUGGAGGACAGUGGUGUGAGCAAGUUGAGAUUGCAGAUGAAAACAAUAUGCUUUUGGACUAUCAAGACCAUAAAGGAGCUGAUUCACAUGCAGGAGUUAGAUAUAUUACAGAGGCCCUCAUUAAAAAACUUACUAAACAGGAUAAUUUGGCCUUGAUAAAAUCUCUGAACCUUUCACUUUCUAAAGACGGUGGGAAGAAAUUUAAGUAUAUCGAGAAUUUGGAAAAAUGUGUUAAACUUGAAGUACUGAAUCUCAGCUAUAAUCUAAUAGGGAAGAUUGAAAAGUUGGACAAGCUGUUAAAAUUACGUGAACUCAACUUAUCAUAUAACAAAAUCAGCAAAAUUGAAGGCAUAGAAAAUAUGUGUAAUCUGCAAAAGCUUAACCUUGCAGGAAAUGAAAUUGAGCAUAUUCCAGUAUGGUUAGGGAAGAAGUUAAAAUCUUUGCGAGUCCUCAAUUUGAAAGGCAACAAGAUAUCAUCGCUCCAAGAUAUAAGCAAGUUGAAACCGCUUCAAGAUUUGAUUUCUCUGAUCGUAGUUGAAAAUCCAGUUGUGACCCUUCCUCAUUACCUCCAGUUUACCAUUUUCCACCUCCGUUCACUGGAAAGUUUGGAAGGUCAGCCAGUAACCACUCAGGAUAGACAGGAGGCUUUUGAGAGAUUCAGUUUAGAAGAGGUAGAAAGACUGGAAAGAGACCUAGAAAAAAAGAUGAUAGAAACUGAAGAGCUUAAGAGCAAACAAACAAGGUUCCUUGAGGAAAUUAAAAAUCAAGAUAAAUUGAAUAAAUCAUUAAAAGAGGAGGCCAUGUUACAGAAACAGAGCUGUGAGGAACUCAAGAGUGACUUAAACACAAAAAAUGAAUUGCUAAAACAGAAGACCAUAGAACUAACACGAGCAUGUCAGAAGCAAUAUGAGCUGGAACAGGAAUUGGCCUUUUAUAAAAUUGAUGCUAAAUUUGAGCCACUAAAUUAUUAUCCAUCAGAGUAUGCUGAAAUUGAUAAAGCCGCAGAUGAAAGCCCUUACAUUGGCAAAUCCAGAUACAAGAGAAAUAUGUUUGCCACAGAGAGUUAUAUUAUUGACAAUGCUCAGGCAGUACAGAUCAAGAAGAUGGAGCCAGAUGAACAACUUAGAAAUGAUCACGUGAACUUGAGAGGCCACACACCACUGGACACGCAACUGGAAGACAAAGAAAAAAAAAUAAGUGCAGCACAAACUCGACUAUCAGAACUGCAUGAUGAAAUAGAAAAGGCAGAACAACAAAUUUUGAGAGCUACUGAAGAAUUGAAACAACUGGAAGAAGCUAUACAACUAAAAAAGAUUUCAGAAGCAGGGAAAGACCUUCUUUACAAGCAGUUGAGUGGUAGACUACAACUUGUAAAUAAAUUACGCCAGGAAGCUCUGGAUCUAGAACUGCAGAUGGAAAAGCAAAAGCAGGAAAUUGCCGAAAAGCAGAAGGAGAUUAAGGACCUGCAAAUAGCCAUAGAUAGCCUGGAUUCCAAAGACCCAAAACAUUCCCAUAUGAAGGCUCAAAAGAGGGGUAAAGAACAACAGCUUGACAUUAUGAACAAGCAGUACAAACAACUUGAAAGUCGUUUGGAUGAGAUACUUUCUAGAAUUGCCGAGGAAACGGAAGAGAUUAAGGACCUUGAAGAACAACUUACUGAAGGCCAGAUAGCAGCAAAUGAAGCCCUGAAGAAGGAUUUAGAAGGUGUCAUCAGUGGGUUGCAAGAAUACCUGGGGACCAUUAAAGGCCAGGCAACUCAGGCCCAGAAUGAGUGCAGGAAGCUGCACGAUGAGAAAGAGACAUUGUUGCAGAGAUUGACAGAAGUCGAGCAGGAGAGAGACCAACUGGAAAUAGUUGCCAUGGACGCAGAAAAUAUGAGGAAGGAGCUUGCAGAGCUAGAAAGUGCCCUCCAAAAGCAGCAUGAGGUGAAUGCAUCUUUGCAGCAGACCCAGGGAGAUCUCAGUGCCUAUGAAGCUGAACUAGAGGCUCGGCUAAACCUAAGGGAUGCUGAAGCCAACCAGCUCAAGGAAGAGUUGGAAAAAGUAACAAGACUUACCCAGUUAGAACAAUCAGCCCUUCAAGCAGAACUUGAGAAGGAAAGGCAAGCCCUCAAGAAUGCCCUUGGAAAAGCCCAGUUCUCAGAAGAAAAGGAGCAAGAGAACAGUGAGCUCCAUGUAAAACUUAGAUGCUUGCAGGAUGACAAUAAUCUGUUAAAACAGCAACUUAAAGAUUUCCAGAAUCACCUUAACCAUAUGGUUGAUGGUUUGGUUCGUCCAGAAGAAGUGGCAGCUCGUGUGGAUGAACUAAGAAGAAAACUGAAAUUAGGAGCUGGGGAAAUGAACAUCCAUAGUCCUUCAGAUGUCUUAGGGAAAAGUCUUGCUGAUUUACAGAAACAAUUCAGUGAAAUUCUUGCACGCUCCCAGUGGGAAAGAGAUGAAGCACAAGUUAGAGAGAGAAAACUCCAAGAAGAAAUGGCUCUGCAGCAAGAGAAACUGGCAACUGGACAAGAAGAGUUCAGGCAGGCCUGUGAGAGAGCCCUGGAAGCAAGAAUUAAUUUUGAUAAGAGGCAACAUGAAGCAAGAAUCCAGCAAUUGGAGAAUGAAAUUCACUAUUUGCAAGAAAAUCUAAAAAGUAUGGAGGAAAUCCAAGGCCUUACAGAUCUCCAACUUCAGGAAGCUGAUGAAGAGAAGGAGAGAAUUCUGGCCCAACUCCGAGAGUUAGAGAAAAAGAAGAAACUUGAAGAUGCCAAAUCUCAGGAGCAAGUUUUUGGUUUAGAUAAAGAACUGAAGAAACUAAAGAAAGCCGUGGCCACCUCUGAUAAGCUAGCCACAGCUGAGCUCACCAUUGCCAAAGACCAGCUGAAGUCUCUUCAUGGAACUGUUAUGAAAAUUAACCAGGAGCGAGCAGAGGAGUUGCAGGAAGCAGAGAGGUUCAGCAGAAAGGCAGCACAAGCAGCCAGAGAUCUGACCCGAGCAGAAGCUGAGAUCGAACUCCUGCAGAAUCUCCUCAGGCAGAAGGAGGAGCAGUUUCGACUUGCGAUGGAGAAAACAGGUGUAGGUACUGGAGCAAACUCACAGGUCCUAGAAAUUGAGAAACUGAAUGAGACAAUGGAACGACAAAGGACAGAGAUUGCAAGGCUGCAGAAUGUACUAGACCUCACCGGAACUGACAACAAAGGAGGCUUUGAAAAUGUUUUAGAAGAAAUUGCUGAACUUCGACGUGAAGUUUCUUGUCAGAAUGAUUACAUCAGCAGCAUGGCAGAUCCUUUCAAAAGACGAGGCUAUUGGUACUUUAUGCCUCCACCACCAUCAUCAAAAGUUUCCAGCCAUAGUUCCCAGGCCACCAAGGACUCUGGUGUUGGCCUUAAGUACACAGCCUCAACUCCUGUUAGAAAACCACGCCCUGGGCAGCAGGAUGGGAAGGAAGGCAGUCGACCUCCCCCUGCCUCAGGAUACUGGGUUUAUUCUCCCAUCAGGAGUGGGUUACAUAAACUGUUUCCAAAUAGAGAUGCAGACAGUGGAGGAGAUAGUCAGGAAGAGAGUGAGCUGGAUGACCAAGAAGAACCCCCAUUUGUGCCUCCUCCUGGAUACAUGAUGUAUACUGUGCUUCCUGAUGGUUCUCCUGUACCCCAGGGCAUGGCCCUGUAUGCACCACCUCCUCCCUUGCCAAACAAUAGCCGACCUCUCACCCCUGGCACUGUUGUUUAUGGCCCACCUCCUGCUGGGGCCCCCAUGGUGUAUGGGCCUCCACCCCCCAACUUCUCCAUCCCCUUCAUCCCUGUGGGUGUGCUGCAUUGCAACGUCCCUGAACACCAUAACUUAGAGAAUGAAGUUUCUAGAUUGGAAGACAUAAUGCAGCAUUUAAAAUCAAAGAAGCGGGAAGAACGGUGGAUGAGAGCAUCCAAGUGGCAGUCUGAGAAAGAAAUGGAAGAACUGCAUCAUAAUAUUGAUGAUCUUUUGCAAGAGAAGAAAAGCUUAGAGCAUGAAGUAGAAGAAUUACGUAGAACUGUCCAGAAACGUCAACAACAAAAGGACUUCAUUGAUGGAAAUGUCGAGAGUCUUAUGACUGAACUAGAAAUAGAAAAAUCACUCAAACAUCAUGAAGAUAUUGUAGAUGAAAUUGAGUGCAUUGAGAAGACUCUUCUGAAACGUCGCUCAGAGCUCAGGGAAGCUGACCGACUCCUGGCAGAGGCUGAGAGUGAACUUUCAUGCACUAAAGAAAAGACAAAAAAUGCUGUUGAAAAGUUCACUGAUGCCAAGAGAAGUUUAUUGCAAACUGAGUCAGAUGCUGAGGAAUUAGAAAGGAGAGCUCAGGAAACUGCUGUUAACCUUGUCAAAGCUGAUCAGCAGCUAAGAUUGCUCCAGGCUGAUGCAAAGGAUUUGGAGCAGCACAAAAUCAAGCAAGAAGAAAUCUUGAAAGACAUAAACAAAAUUGUAGCAGCAAAAGACUCAGACUUCCAAUGUUUAAGCAAGAAGAAGGAAAAACUGACAGAAGAGCUUCAGAAACUGCAAAAAGACAUCGAGAUGGCAGAAUGCAAUGAGGAUCACCACCUGCAGGUCCUUAAAGAAUCUGAGGUGCUCCUUCAGGCAAAAAGAGCCGAGCUGGAAAAGCUGAAAAGCCAGGUGACAAGUCAGCAGCAGGAGAUGGCUGUCUUGGACAGGCAGUUAGGGCAUAAAAAGGAGGAGCUGCAUCUACUCCAAGGAAGCAUGGUCCAGGCAAAAGCUGACCUCCAGGAAGCUCUGAGACUGGGAGAGACUGAAGUAACUGAGAAGUGCAAUCACAUUAGGGAAGUAAAAUCUCUUCUGGAAGAACUGAGUUUUCAGAAAGGAGAACUAAACGUUCAGAUUAGUGAAAGAAAAACUCAACUUACACUUAUAAAGCAGGAAAUUGAAAAAGAGGAAGAAAAUCUUCAGGUUGUUUUAAGGCAGAUGUCUAAACAUAAAACCGAGAUGGGAUCUUGCUCUGUCAACCAGGCUAGUCUCAAACUCCUGGGCUCAAGCAAUCCUUACACCUCAGCCUGCCAAAUGGCUGGGAUUACAGAACUAAAGAAUAUUCUGGACAUGUUGCAACUUGAAAACAAUGAGCUACAAGGUUUGAAGCUACAACAUGACCAAAGGGUAUCUGAAUUAGAGAAGACUCAGGUGGCAGUGCUAGAGGAGAAACUGGAGUUAGAGAAUUUGCAGCAGAUAGCCCAGCAGCAGAAAGGGGAAAUAGAGUGGCAGAAGCAGCUCCUCGAGAGGGAUAAACGAGAAAUAGAACGAAUGACUGCUGAGUCCCGAGCUUUACAAUCGUGUGUUGAGUGUUUGAGCAAAGAAAAGGAAGAUCUCCAAGAGAAAUGUGACAUUUGGGGAAAAAAGUUGGCACAAACCAAAAGGGUUUUAGCAGCAGAAGAAGAAAAUAGCAAAAUGGAGCAAUCAAACUUAGAAAAGUUGGAAUUGAAUGUCAGAAAACUGCAGCAGGAACUAGACCAACUAAACAGAGACAAGUUGUCACUGCAUAACGACAUUUCAGCAAUGCAACAGCAGCUCCAAGAAAAACGAGAAGCAGUAAACUCACUGCAGGAGGAACUAGCUAAUGUCCAAGAUCAUUUGAACCUAGCAAAACAGGACCUGCUUCACACCACCAAGCAUCAGGAUGUAUUGCUCAGUGAGCAGACUCGACUCCAGAAGGACAUCAGUGAAUGGGCAAAUAGGUUUGAAGACUGUCAGAAAGAAGAGGAGACAAAACAACAACAACUUCAAGUGCUUCAGAAUGAGAUUGAAGAAAACAAGCUCAAACUAGUCCAACAAGAAAUGAUGUUUCAGAGACUCCAGAAAGAGAGAGAAAGUGAAGAAAGCAAAUUAGAAAUCAGUAAAGUGACACUGAAGGAGCAGCAGUACCAGCUGGAAAAGGAAUUAACAGACCAGAAAGGCAAACUGGAUCAAGUGCUCUCAAAGGUGCUGGCAGCUGAAGAGCGUGUUAGGACUCUGCAGGAAGAGGAGAGGUGGGGUGAGAGCCUGGAGAAGAUGCUCUCCCAAACUAAACGGCAGCUUUCAGAAAGGGAGCAGCAAUUGGUGGAGAAGUCAGGUGAGCUGUUGGCCCUCCAGAAAGAGGCAGAUUCUAUGAGGGCAGACUUCAGCCUCCUGCGGAACCAGUUCUUGACAGAAAGAAAGAAAGCUGAGAGGCAGGUGGCCAGCCUGAAGGAAGCACUUAAGAUCCAGCGGAGCCAGCUGGAGAAAAACCUUCUUACAAUUAAUGAAGACUCAGAAAGGGAUAGUAGCUUAUUAUCAAAGGAGCAAAAACAGGAGAACAGCUGCAUGCAAAAGGAAAUGGCAACAAUUGAACUGGUAGCCCAGGACAACCAUGAGCGGGCCAGGCGCCUGAUGAAGGAGCUCAACCAGAUGCAGUAUGAGUACACGGAGCUCAAGAAACAGAUGGCAAACCAAAAAGAUUUGGAGAGAAGACAAAUGGAAAUCAGUGACGCAAUGAGGACACUUAAAUCUGAGGUGAAGGAUGAAAUCAGAACCAGCUUGAAGAAUCUUAAUCAGUUUCUUCCAGAACUACCAGCAGAUCUAGAAGCUAUUUUGGAAAGAAACAAAAACCUAGAAGGAGAAUUGGAAAGCUUGAAAGAGAACCUUCCAUUUACCAUGAAUGAGGGACCUUUUGAAGAAAAACUGAACUUUUCUCAAGUUCACAUAAUGGAUGAGCACUGGCGUGGAGAAGCACUCCGGGAGAAACUGCGUCACCGGGAAGACCGACUCAAGGCCCAACUCCGACACUGUAUGUCCAAGCAAGCAGAAGUAUUAAUUAAAGGAAAGCGGCAGACAGAGGGCACUUUACACAGUUUGAGGAGCCAAGUAGAUGCUUUAGGGGAAUUGGUCACCAGCACCUCUGCAGAUUCAGCGUCAUCACCCAGUCUGUCUCAGCUGGAGUCUUCCCUCACAGGGGACUCUCAACUUGGACAAAAUCAGGAAAAGAAUGCCUCAGCCAGAUGAGAAAUACUGUCUUGUGUAAAUAUAUUCAAGGAAAACACCUCCACUACCUCACUGACUUCAUAACUGGAAUGUCACAUGGUUUUUUUAAUCAAGAUGCAGUGAACUGAGAUUCUGAAACUCCACUGUAGUUUACUUUGCCUGUACCAUUAAUGCCAAUGUUUUUAUAAAUCACUUGUACACAGUACAUAUGGGAACAGUUGCAUAUGGGAAUUUAAACCAACGUGUGGCUGAGCUUUUUUUUUUUUUAUAUCUUUGUAACAUGUUUUUUUUUAAAAAACCAGUGAUUUUAACUGCAUAUUUGAACCUACAAACUGGUAAAUAAUUUUAAAAAGAAUGUACUUAAGGCCCUCUUUAUAGUGUCAUUUUUGAAUUUUGCUUAAAAUCUAUUUUUCUUAUGAAAAUAAAAGAUAACAAUCAA